AAAUAUUAAUCAAGGCUGCUUCAAUUGUUUGAGGCUAUUUUUAGCAUUGUGACGUAACACCGCAUGUAUUCCAUUGUCAACUGUGAUGUCAUAAGGAACCAGGUCAACCAAUUAGGAACGAGAUGCAAUAAACCUCAUUAUGACGAAACAACCAACCACUGAUGAAUAGUUUCAUGCUUGACCGGUUUAGCCAAUCAGAUUGCAGAAAGUAUAAUAAUGACGUCACAGACAAGAAAGUGAAGUUUCAUGACGUCACAGAGAGCGGAUACUCCACCACGACAUCUAGCGACGACGGUAACAGCGGAAAAACAAUGAGUUCGCGAAUUCGCGCAAAGGAAAAAAGAGAAAUGACGUCAUCGUCUAUGACGCCAUCACCUACGUCAUCAAAAGAGGAAUAUUACGUCACACACGAAGAUAGUUACGUCACACACGAAGAUAGUUACUAUGAUCCUUUACACCUUAACCACGAACCCUCGAAAAGGGGGAUUUUAAAGAAACCCCUCACGGGAAACCCCCUUACCCCCAUAAAAGUCCCCGCCCUCUACCCUCCCUCCCCACACGGAAGUGACGCAUCGAGGAAAUCAGCGUUCACCCCUGUUGCACAACGUCAUCAUAGCGGCAGCAGCGACCCAUCUGACGUCAUCAACAACCUGUUCACCCCGUUACAUGUAACUCCUGAUUACGUCACUGCCGAUUACGUCAAAAACAAUAUGACCGGAAGUCAUUACUCGAAACCGGAAAGUCCCCUCCAGGGAUUCUACCCUGUGCGUCAUCGUGACGUCCCCCACACCCACCCACGGGAAAACCCCCGGAAGCGUGAUGACGUCAUUUUUCAAACUGUCCAGGCCCCGGAACCUAAAAGUAGGGUAAUACCCAACUUCGAGAACCUGCGUACUGAUGACGUAGAUAGCUCGGUUGGUUCGGAACCGGAAGCCAGGGUUGAAGAAUUAACGAACGACGCGGCGAGAAUCGAACAUUUCUUCGAUAACGCGAACGCGAAAGAAAUAAAACGAUUGUUACGUCAUAAGCUGGAUUCGAAAGACCCGAAAAUAAUCAAAGCGCUGUCGACGCUAUUUCCCGCUAAUGUAGCUAAGCCAGUGAUGUCACACUGCGUUAGAUGUCAUAAGAGCUACAACCCCGACGACAGAGGUCGAUGCCACCUCCCCCACCCCGAGUUAAUGGUAAGCAAAGUUGGUCAAGAUGAGGAAGGCGCAGACUUCGUGUGUCAUUGUUGUAGCACCGGGUUCAGGUUGCUAAAGAUGGAUUUCUAUGAAGAAUCGACCAACGCGAUACUGACAGGUCACUGCUACAGCGGGCACCACACAACGGAUCCUGACUCUGUAGAUUACCAACCGGACGGUGGCGCUGCUAAGUCGUGUGCUGACAACGGUUGCGUCGAAUUCUACGUGUGACGUCACGAAGUUAUGACGUCACGGAGACUUUUGUGUGAAUAUUUAUACACAACAAUGAAACCUAUUGUUACGAAUAACCUCAUUAUUACGUCACAGACACUUUGCAAUUCCAAAAUCCAGCAGUAUUAUUACGUGUUUAUUUUAUUUAAAUACAGCAAUCUUUCCACAUUGUGUUGUAACAAUUAAACAAUCCAUCGCAUUA